UGGCGCUCUGGUUCCCCGCCGAGUUCCUCGACGCGCACCUCAGCGGCCAGGCCGCCGGCCAGGGCUGGCUGCCCAGGGCCUUCCUGGCCGCGUGUGGAGCCAUCAUGGCGGCCGCAAGGAUUCUCACAGUGAUGCAGAUGGUGGUUUGGGGCGGGGCCAGCUUUGCAUACAUGAGGCCGCUCCUUGGGUGCGCCAGUGGAGGGCUGUACGCCCUCGCCGCCGCCGUCGACCUCGCCGCUUUGCGGCAAAGUGGAAAGCACCUUGAAGAGGAGGACUUAUUCUGUGCGGGGUUUUCCAGCUACCGUUAUGACGAGGCGAGUCUGUAUUCGAAGGCUACCUUCUCGUGGUUGACGCCGCUGCUGCGUCUGGGCAACACCAGUCCGCUGGAGCUCGAGGACCUGGGAAGGAUUCCGCACCAGGAAAGCACUGCUGUUCACUUCGAGAAAUUCCAGACCAUUUAUAACUCCAUCAAGGAGACGAGACGCGAUCCUGUCGCCCUGUGGCGAUGUUUUUUCAACGGCUCCUGGAAAAUGCUGGCCCUGAGUGGCGUGUUUAAACUGUCUGGAGACAUGGUCGGGUUCAUUGGGCCGAUGGGCAUUUCUGUCAUUGUUUCGUACGUCCAGAAACCGCCUGGCGCGAAACCAACCCAGGGGACAGAUGAACAGGUAGGAUCGUACGUUUCCGUGGCCGAAUUCUUUAGCAAUGGCUACGUGAUGGGCGUCUUGGUAUUUUUAUCUGCCCUGGCCCAAGGAACGUUCUCCCAAAGUUGCACACAUCUCAUAAAUGUUGAAGGCAUUCGCAUAAAAGCAGCACUGCAAGCGAUGAUUUACGACAAAUCGUUGAGACUCCCCUUGUGGAGUUUUUCACAGGAGGAUUGUGAUGAAUUACAGAAGGACACUUGCGCUUCGGAUGAGUCUCCUCUGGGGAAAGUUCAACCGACGAAAAAACGAGAGAAAAGCAUUCCCAGUGGAGACGACACAACGUCGAGCCCACAAAGUGCAUCAACUUCUCACACAGACUUCGGAACAAUAAUCAAUCUCAUAUCAGAAGACACCUACAACGUCAUGUCAUUUGUAUGGAUUUGCCAUUACGUUUGGGCUAUUCCUGUUAAGAUAGCAGCUCUCAUGUUCCUGUUGCACUACCAGCUUGGUAUCAGUGCUCUCAUUGGUGCGGUGCUGUGCGUAGCAGUGAUGACCCCCCUGCAGUUCGCCAUAGGAAAGAAAAUGUCUGCCAACUCCAAAUCAAUAUCAGAGGCCAACGACGAACGAUUACGGCGAAUAAACGAAGUAGUCCACGGCAUCAAGGUCAUCAAACUGUCCAGCUGGGAGGAGCAGUACGAGAAAAAGGUCCAACUCGCUAGGAACAGAGAGCUGCGACUGUUGAACGUGGAUUCCCUUCAUUGGGCUGUCAUGACCUUUUUGACCCACGCGUCCUCGGCCAUCGUCACUCUAGUGACAUUCGGCAUUUACAUGAUGGUGGAAAAGGCUCCCCUCCCCACGGCCAACGUGUUCGCCAGCCUGGCGCUGUUCAACCAGCUCACUGUUCCACUCUUCAUUUUUCCAAUCACGGUGCCAAUCAUUAUCAGCGCCAUGGUCAGCACAAAGAGAUUGGAAGCAUUUUUCUCAAAACCAGAAACAGCAAACGUCCUGGAGUACGAAACCGACGGCAAUCCUUUCGUAUUCAGCUGUGCGGCUUCCGCGGCGGGUGGAAUGAAAGAGCCAGAGGAAGACAAAGAUGGACAUGAAGGGGAACCAAACUCCACUGGAGAUUAUCUGAGUCCAGCGAUAGAGCAUGACUCCGAGGCCAAAGUUCCCGCCACCAUCUCGACCGCAGGGAGAGGAAGCGUCGUCUCUAUAAGCGACGGCAAUUUCUCUUGGAGCUCGGGGCACGUCCUCCACUUAAACGACGUGACAGUGCCAAAAGGGGUGAUAACACUGGUGGUUGGGGCCAUCGGCAGCGGCAAGACAUCGCUCCUGCUCGCACUUUUGGGGGAGAUGAGCUCCUCGGACGGCAGAUACCCAGUCAAGUGGAGCCAAGACUCCUCCGUUGCGUACUGCUCCCAGAAACCGUGGCUGCUGAACGCAAAUGUCAGAGAGAACAUACUGUUCGGGCAGCCAAUGAGAAGGCGUCGGUACGGUGAAGUGAUCGCCGCAUGUGCCCUGCAGCCUGACUUGGACAUCUUGCCGGCACAAGACCUUACCGAAAUCGGUGAGAGGGGGAUCAACUUGUCGGGAGGCCAAAAGCACCGAGUGGCCAUCGCGCGAGCGCUCUACUCCAACGCGACGACCGUGCUCAUGGAUGACCCCCUGUCAGCACUGGACCACCAGGUCGGGCAGCACCUCGUGCAAGAGGGCUUCCUGAAGCUUCUCAAGCAACGUGGCAGGACUGUCAUUCUUGCCACUCACUGCCUCUCCCUUCUGAACCAGGCGGACUACAUAAUUGUGAUGGAAAGCGGGAAAGUGUCCACCCAGGGCACUCUGAGCAAAAUCCAGGCCGAGCGGCCCGACCUGGGCCAGGCGUGGCAGCAAGCGCUCACCGUCUCUCUGGACGACCUGGACGACCCCAAGGCCGCCGCCGUGGACUCGCCCCACGACGUCGUGCUGCGCGGCGAGCGCACGGCCAGAGAGCGGUGGCAGCUGGUGCGCCUCGUCUCCCGCAUCGGCCUGCAGCGCACCGAGGUGGUGUCGCCCCAGCGUCACUUCCGGCGUUUCAGCAGGCGGCAGUCGCGGUCACUGUACCGCACCAACCACUGCACGCACAGCUUCCCCGUGCCCGAGUACGCCGCGCCCCCCGCCAACCCGCUGCACGACUCAGUGGCGUGGGAGAAGCCCCUCCGACGCACCAGGAGCACCAUCGCCACCGUGCCGGCCGCCUGGCGGCGCAAGGUCACCAGGGUGGCGUCGCUCAGGCCCCGCGACAUGGCCCAGUGCCCCAGCCGCGCCUGGACCACCCAAUCCAGCCUGGUUGAGAGAAAAAUUAGCUCGACAUUGCCACCCGCACCCGAGGGUUUGGUCAGCAGUUCCCGAAGGAGUUCCAGCGCAACAGAGACCCAAGUCUACACUGCAGAGUACACAUACUAUGCAGAAACGGACGCCGACGACAGCGCCACCGAAGUUACCAUUGAACAGGGUGACAGGCAGUCCAUAGUAGAAGCAGGGAGAAAGAACGGGCGAGUUCCCCAGCGCGUCUACUACACGUAUGCAAAGGCCUGCACCAUUCCAGUGGCUGUCGCUUAUUUCUUAUCGACGUUGUCUUGGCAAGGCCUGCGCGUGUGCACUGACUUCUGGCUCAGUGACUGGACUGCCUACAAUGGAACGACGCCAGACACAAAUCAAGACAAGAAACAUUUCCAAAUGGAGAUGCUUAAAUAUUUGUUCAUAUACUCGGCGCUGUCCGUGGUGACCAUGCUGCUGUCACUGUCGUCAAAUUUAGUCGGCCAGCUGGCAGGAGCACGGGCUCGCCACUGGUUGCACCAAAACUUGCUGUCAAAUCUACUUCGCUCACCAGUCAAGUUUUUCGACAUGACACCCAUCGGUCGAGUCAUUGACCGCCUGUCAACAGACAUCGCCGUGAUCGAUAAAAAAUUAGCAACAUCUAUUCAACGAUUAAUGCAAUUCUUGUCGCUGUGUGUUUCUGCGAUAGUAGUAAAUGCAAUUCUGUCGCCAUGGUUUCUGCUUCCGGCACUACCCAUGUGCCUUGUUUACUACAUUAUUCAACAUUUCUAUCGUGUCUCUACCAGAGAGCUUCACCGACUGGAUAGUAUGACGCGUGCUCCGGUUUCUUCAUUCUUCUCGGAAACUUUAGGCGGGCUUGCGACCGUUCGAGCCUUUGGCCAAAAGUCUCGUUUCAUGGAGCUUAUGUUGGAAAGAAUGGACAUCAAUACUAACACUUUCCUAGUUCUUAGUGCUGCAAACAGAUGGUUGGGAGUGGCUCUUGACUACAUGGGAGGUACCAUAGUUUUAGUGUCAAUAAUUGGUUCAUUGACUGCAGCCCAUUUCUACCCUCAAGCUGUCUCUCCAUCGCUGGUCGGACUCGCAAUAAACUACACUUUGUUGGUUCCUAUUUAUCUGAACUGGGUCGUCAAGUUCCUUGCAGAUGUUGAGAUGUACAUGGGGUCAGUCGAAAGAGUGCAGCAGUACGCAGAAAUGGAAAUGGAAGACUACAAUACCCAAGGUUUACAAGUCUCCGCGACAUGGCCCGAGCGAGGUGACAUCGUAUUCAAAGGGGUCAGUCUGCGAUAUGACGAAAAUCGAGAUCCAGUGGUAAAGAAUAUAAACCUGCAUAUUCCAGCGGGCCAAAAGGUCGGCGUUUGUGGGCGCACAGGGAGUGGCAAAUCCUCACUUGUGAUGUCACUUUUCCGAAUGCUUGACGUUUCGGAAGGCUGUAUAACGAUGGACGGAGUAGAUAUAUCGAAACUUCCUUUACAGCUGCUUCGUUCAAGACUAUCUGUGAUACCGCAAGACAUAGUUAUGUUCAGCGGGACUAUAAGAGAUAAUUUGGAUCCAAACGGUUUUUACUCCGAUGAUAAAAUAUGGGAAAGCCUUGCUGUAGCUCAGCUGAAGAGCAUGGUUGAGGCACUUCCAGGGGGCCUAAGUGCUGUAUUAAAAGAAGGAGGCGAAAAUCUGAGCGUUGGGACGCGCCAACUAUUUUGCCUGGCCAGAGCUAUUCUGCAAAAUGCAGCCGUUCUUGUAAUGGACGAAGCAACAAGUUCAGUGGAUCCAACGACUGAAAACGCGUUUCUCUCUGUAGCUUUAAGCGCCUUUGCUCAUCGGACAGUGCUCAUCAUAGCGCACCGCCUUUCCACGCUGCUGGAUUGUGACAGAAUCAUAGUCCUUGAAAAUGGGAAAGUCACAGAAGACGGAUCUCCAUCACAGUUGCUUCGCUUCGACAAUGGCAUCUUUUCCCUCAUGCUGCAAGCAGCAAGUCAGCUCACAAGCUGAUCCCAGCUAAUAAAUUGUGUCAAUUUAACAAAUUUCUCUGUUCUUUUUGUGAUGGUGAUGGCUGCAGAGGGGCUCUACCACUGCAAUCUCAUAUUCGUACACUGGUCCGA